CCUGGAGCCACAACCCUCAGACGUCGACUUCAAAACGCUUCCGUAAAAUAUUCCACUCCGGUGCGUACUGCUACGUUUUCAGUGUACUAGGUAGUAUACGACGUUUUUGGAAAUAUUUUUCAACAUUUAUCUAAAUAGAAUGAAGGCCAAGGGAUUUGCAGUUACCCAUCACCUGUAAAGGUAAAGCGUUAGUUAGCAGGUUACGGACAACUAACCUAGUUCUUUUACUCGCCAUUUCGGUAAGAGCUACGACCCGAAAUUAUUUUAAUAGCAGGUUAGGAGGGCAGUUUUGCCAUCCCUAAUUAUUUUUCAUAACCUUAACCAAAUUGUCCUAACCUGCUACAUUGAUUCUCAUAACCCUUUGCGUAAUACUUUGUACUAAUCUGCUACGAAAAAGUAACUUCCGGUCGUAACUGUAUCGAAGUGGCGCGAAGAGUGUUUCUCAUGGUUAUAUAGCUACAUCUCCAAAUACGAUGUAGGCAUUUGGCUAGGUAAUUUAUAUAGUGGAAAUUACAUUAUCUGUCUAGUUCAUGUGGAGAGUAAUGUCAUCGGGGUGUUUUUGAUUACUUUGUCUUUGUAGAGACAUUGGUGCAAAAUGGAUGUUGACGUUAAACUAGAGGAAGAUGAGAGGGAGAUAUCCCAUACAGUAAUUUGGUCUGAUUCAAUUAAUGCCUGGAUAGAUUACCCAAAUUCAACAUUGUCAGAAAACACAGAAACAGGUUACCAUGUGGGUUUACUGAAAGAGCAUUCACAUGUACCUCCCAUCAGUCCCCAAACAACAAGCCACGGGCAGAUUUUACGUCUUUUUCCUGAAAUGACCGGAGCAAGUGAUGGGGAGAACAGGGCUGUCAAAGUGCUUUAUUUCUGUAAAGAUCAAGAUCCCAUCGGCACAUCUGAAGGGAAUUCAAUCAAAGAGCAGUCAUGGCAUUUAGCACCGUCCAGUGAUAUUCUGACAGGACAUGCAUCCACUUUCAGUGGUUAUUUUGAAGCUCAAAUCAACCCAACUUCACAGGUUUCUAGCCAAACACAGACCAAUAAUAAAUUGCCCUCUGACAAUGUUAAUAUCCCAAGCCCUAGUACUGCCAUUCAUUCUGUGCUAACCUCGCCUGCUACAGAAAACGACUGUCAUUUAGCUGUAUCUACUAGGCCUAUUCUUCCAGAAUAUUGUGAGCCAUUGAACUUUCCCUCUGAUGAAGAGGAAGACUACAAUGCCAAUUUAAGUCCAAGACUACAAUGCCAGAAAACGUUAGAGGAUAAAUGGAUACGUCAGUGUCGUGGCAGUUACUCAAGACCCAACCUAAGAAAGUUUGGGAGAUAUUGGAAAGAUCCAUACGUCAAGUGCAAGGAGAUCGGUGUAGAUUUCCAUGUUGGAUCUGGAGCGAAACAGAAACUGAAUUUGCAUUUACUGACAGUUGGUGUAAUGCUUGAGGUGUCAGAAUAUGCUAGAAACAUUAAUAGAUCUCGCCCUCAUGUUAUCUUUGAUAUUCUAGAUUACAACUUUGUUCUUGGUGUACAAAAUGAACAACAAUAUGACUUUUCAAACAGGGUAGAAAAGAAAUUAAAAGAAAUGCUGAAGAUGCGUUCUAAGAGAACACCUGAGUGGUUAACAGAGGUCUUUGACCUUCCUGAUCCAAAGACAGUUACAGUUUUGGAACACUCCCUUAAAUGGGCACAGUUCUAUUUGCAAAACAGCUUGUCAAAUCCUACACCUUUUGACAUUUGCAUAAAGGAGGAGCCUGUUGUGGGCCUGAUCUCUCCUCUGCAUGUGACGACUGAGAGCUUCUCCACUGAGACAGAUGUGACACGGUGUGCUGAUGAGACGGCAAUCCUUGGCCCUGAAAAUGGACGUAAUGAUACCUGCACAAAGUAUGAGCCUUAUAUGGGCAUCGUCCGUCCUCAACAUGUCCAGACGGAAACCUUCCCAACUCAGACAGAUAUAACAAUGGAUCAAUCCUUCAUGAUGCCCACUGUAGAAGAAGCAUUGAGUGAACUCUACCCAAUCUGUAAGGGAAAAGGACUUGACCUUGUUGUGAAAUCAAAAUAUGGGAAAAAUAAGAAACUUGACUUGCAUCUAUUGACCAGAGAUGUAAUGUUUGAAUUGGCUGAUUUUGCCUCACUAGUGUGUGGAAAUUGGAAGCAGGUUGUGUGUGAGUUUCUCGAGCAUAACUUUGACUUGGAUUUAAAAAGUGGGAAAACUGAGCUGGCCGAAGAUAUUAUGGGAAGGUUAAAAGCAGUUUUACAGCGCAAGACAGGUACAAACGGUACAUGGAGAUUGGGACUUGAAAAUGAAGAUUUCCUAAAGAAGUCACGCAAACUAAAGAACCCUGCGGAGAUGUCCACUAACCAGAAGGUCACUACAGCAUCACUUGAGCCGAAAUACCAAAUGAAAAAAGUAUCAAAAAGGAGAUUGAAUUUAAUGAGCAAGAAGAAAGACAUGGACAUGUUAGUAACCAAGGAGACCGAGGGAGGCCAUUUCUCUGAAGUAGUACAAAUAGAACCUCGUCUUGUCAAAAUAGAGAGAAUCUCUGAUGAGACUGACCUUGCACUUUGUACUGACGAAAGAAAGCAAAUUGUCGUUACCAACUUGGACCAAUCAAAUGUGACGUCUCACACCAAAAAUAUGGUGAAAGCCAAAGCGUGCUACCCACUCUGUGAGGAAAUAGGUCUGGACCUUGAUGUCACAUCCAAACCAUCUAAAAAGAAACUGGAAUUGAAUUUACUGACAAACGGUGUAAUAUUUGAGGUGCAUAAAUAUGCUAGGAUAAAAUCCAAUCCUAAAAAAAAAAAAGUGUGUGCAUUCUCGUUGAUAUUCUAAAAUACAAUUUUGAUCUUAGUUUGCAAAAUCAGAGACGUAAUCUAUUUCCACUGCAUAUUUGCUGUAAAGUGAAACGAAUGGUUCAGAAACACAAAUCUGAGCUCAUGAGAAAAAGAGCAGUCUCAAAAGAGGUGUUCAUAAUACCAAGUGUGCUUAAAAGCCAAGCAAAAACAAAUGUGCUUUCAGAUUAUUUUCCUGAAAAAAAUAUGGAACAAAACGCAAGGCUGGUUUAUCCUCAUCAUGGUAAAGACACUAUCUCUGUGGAGACAGCUGAAACAGUCUCCACUGAUGAAGCAGCGAUGCUUGACCGGGAUAAUGGACCUGCUGAGAUCUGCAUAAAGGAGGAGGAGGAGGAGUCAGAUCUUCACUCUGAGGUCAAACGGGUUUAUUUCUGCAAAGACCAAGAUACUGUCAGAACAUCUGAAGAGCAUUUGAUCAAAGAUGGAUCAUGGCAUGAAUCAACACCCAGUAAUAUUCCGACUGGAAAUGUAUUCAGCCUUCCACAGUCACCACUACCAGCUGCAGAAAGUGGUCCUUUCGGAAGUAAAACCGAGCCAACUUCACAGAUAUAACCAGACGGUCCAAUGCAGAAUCACUCGAGACAAAAUACCAUAGACUUGACAGAAGUAACCAGGGGAAAAAAGGGAUUUAAUGAGGAUAAAUACAUGUUUAUAGCCAAGAAGGAAAAGAAAGUUGUCAGACAAGUAGAACCUCAUUGAGAUGAGAUGGAUCUGCCAGGGAAAAGAAAAGCACUUCCUUUACUUCCUGAUUGAGAUCUCGGGGGGGGGGGGGAUACAAGAUGGAAAGAAAAGUCUGAUCUGCUCGCUGUGAAACACCAGUUUCUAAUUUGCCUGAAAAAAAAUAGAAAAAGAUUGAUAUUGUUAUAUGUGAUGAAGUGCAACACGAGGUGGAUUCUUACCGAAGUUUCAAAAUGCUUUGUAGUCGAGACUGGUUCUGAGAAGAAAUGCUAACAAAUCCUUGCUGGAUACAGAUCAGGGGCCUAUUGAACAUCUGCAAAAGGCUAAGUCAUAAAGUCCCUCAGUUCAAGAAGACGACUUGUACCUGGGAAUGGCUCUGGACUAAUUACAAAACAACUGUUUAAAAUCACUGCAGAAAGCAGAGACAACAAGAGUUUUGCCAAAAGGAAGAAGGGCUGUUGAUCACUUGUGUGGUAGAGAGAAACACCCAGAAUCAGUCUGGACAGGAUGGAGCUUCAGUCUGGACAGGAUGGAGCUUCAGUCUGGACAGGAUGGAGCUUCAGUCUGGACAGGAUGGAGCUUCAGUCUGGACAGGAUGGAGCUUCAGUCUGGACAGGAUGGAGCUUCAGUCUGGACAGGAUGGAGCUUCAGUCUGGACAGGAUGGAGCUUCAGUCUGGACAGGAUGGAGCUUCAGUCUGGACAGGAUGGAGCUUCAGUCUGGACAGGAUGUAGUUUCAGUCUGGACAGGAUGGAGCCUAACUGUGGAAAAACAGAAACUGACUGAUACACACAUUACAAUGACAAAUCAAUGACCAGAUUGGAAACCAGCUCCAGCUACUCAGCAUCACUCUGACUAUUUGUGCUGGUUGGCUUCUGUCUCAGCUGUAGGGAGGACAUUGUGUUUUAAAGUCUUUCUGUCCUGAAGUAGGUCUACCUGCUUAAUACACACAGACCUUCAUAUAGGUAAAGCAAAGGCUAUGACUUAACUCUACCUUCAUAUAUUGGGCUGCCUUUAUCACAAUAGUUUCACAGUUUAAAAACGUGGGUUUUCAAAUGACUGUAUGCUACAUUGAUCUUUGGAUCACACUUGGAAUGUGAAAGGUUUCCUAUUGUUAGUUUUAGGUCUCCCUGAAGUCCGUAGACUUCCACUCUAUUAGUCACCCUAGAACACAGUCAACGAGCCUAACGGAGAUGUGUAUUCAUUAGGGAUAUACUGUAGCUAAAUGUUUAAUGGAGGGCUACGCCAGCGUUUCUUGGACCAAUUCAGAAAUUGGUACACAAGAAGGAGUAGCAGUAGUCUUUUUAGGAUUAAGUGAAAAUAGGGAGACAAUGUAUUUGUAUUAAGGGUUUAGUCUUUGAAUCGUGGAUUUGUGCAGAUUCCCUUGGCCUUCCUUCCUGUUUAACUGUUGAUAUCUGGUGUUGCUAUAGAGACUGAAUACAGCAGGAUUAUUGCUGGACUUUUUUUGUUUUCUUAACUAUUUUACGACGUAUUCAUUGACGAAACGAACUCCACGACAAAUACAAGCCUCUAUAGAAGAACAACUGAUCCUUUUUUUGUUAGAAAUAAAAAGACAAAGAUGUUUUAUUUUCUAAGAAGUAUGUAGUAGUAGCAUUAGUGAAAUAACCUACUAUGAUGGAUCAUAUUUUUUAUUUUUUUUAUUUUUUUUUGGAAAGAUUCAGAGACUGUAUCCAGACCUGCCUUACUGUUACCAAUAUGUUCAUUUUUUAGUGGAAAGAUUUAGAGACUGUAUCCAGACCUGCCUUACUGUUACCAAUAUGGUCCUUUUUUAGUGGAAAGAUUUAGAGACUGUAUCCAGACCUGCCUUACUGUUACCAAUAUGUUCCUUUUUUGAACAGGGAGUUAUUCUACCGUAAACCAAGAUUAUUUUUACAUUUUUAUUUUUUAAGGAUACUUCCACUGACAUUCUUAGAGCUGUCAUUUUAUUGCGAGGAACUGCAGUUCGAUCGGAUUUGUUUUUCUGUUUUUGUCCUCUGUUUUGUGAGUGACCCUCUCACUCAGUCAACUCGUCUCAGUGCACAAGUCUCCCCUUCUCCAGACACCGUGUAUGAAUCAGAAUCCGUAGCUAGUUGUGACACGUGAGCCUCUGGAUGAAAAGCAGAGUAUCCCUAAAGCAGCGUGGUCCUAUCAGCCCCUCAUGUUGGACUAAACACUUUCAACUCUACACAAGUGAAAACCCCAAAUGCCUAAAGAUCCUCUAUUUGCCAUACUAGAGGGACAUGAAGUCUGACUCCAUCCUCAACAUGUGGACCUGCCCUGAGGAUGUUGGACACCACUGUUACACCUUCAGCCUUGUUGAUUUCCUGUCAGACUGGUUGUUUUUCAACUCCAUUCCAUGGACGGACUGACCUGAACUUUUACCAGAACAGGAGCACAGUGUUCAUCAGACUCUCCUCACCAGUGGGACUGACUACUGAGACUGGUCGUCUUUGAACUCAAGAGGAACACAAUGUUCAACAGACUCCCUCCUCACCAGUGGACUGACUACUGAGACUGGUCGUCUUUGAACUCAAGAGGAACACAAUGUUCAACAGACUCCCUCCUCACCAGUGGACUGACUACUGAGACUGGUCGUCUUUGAACUCAAGAGGAACACAAUGUUCAACAGACUCCCUCCUCACCAGUGGACUGACUACUGAGACUGGUUGUCUUUGAACUCAAGAGGAACACAAUGUUCAACAGACUCCCUCCUCACCAGUGGACUGACUACUGAGACUGGUUGUCUUUGAACUCAAGAGGAACACAAUGUUCAACAGACUCCCUCCUCACCAGUGGACUGACUACUGAGACUGGUUGUCUUUGAACUCAAGAGGAACACAAUGUUCAACAGACUCCCUCCUCACCAGUGGACUGACUACUCAGACUGGUUGUGAGGUCACAGGAAAUAGAGUGAUCUGUUAGGAGGGAUGCAGGUUUCUAAUCCUGAUUUAGAUGAUGGUUAUAAGGAGAGUUCAGGUCGUAACCAGUCCACUGAGAUGAAUGUAGAUGUCGACACCCUGGCCAAUAUAAAAGGCUUUGGAGAGGAACCUCGCUUUCAGGAGAAGGAUAACUGACAUUUACUCCUGAGGUGUCUGACUUGUUGCACCCUCGACAACCACUGUGAUUAUUAUUAUUUGACCCGACUGGUCAUUUAUGAACAUUUGAACAUCUUGGCCAUGUUCUGUUAUAAUCUCCACCCGGCACAGCCAGAAGAGGACUGGCCACCCCACAUAGCCUGGUUCCUCUCUAGGUUUCUUCCUAGGUUCUGGCCUUUCUAGGGAGUUUUUCCUAGCCACCGUGCUUCUACACCUGCAUUGCUUGCUGUUUGGGGUUUUAGGCUGGGUUUCUGUACAGCACUUUGAGAUAUCAGCUGAUGUACGAAGGGCUAUAUAAAUACAUUUGAUUUGAAGUCUGGUUCCACAAUUCUGGUUCAUCCUUGGGAGCAAGUUCCAAACCCCUGAAGCUACCACAUUCAUCUGUACAAACAAUAGUACGCAAGUAUAAACACCAUGGGACCAUGCAGCCGUCAUACCGCUCAGGAAGGAGACGUGUUCUGUCUCCUAGAGAUGAACGUACUUUGGUGCAAAAAGUGCAAAUCAAUCCCAGAACAACAGCAAAGGACCUUGUGAAGUAGCUGGAGGAAACAGGUACAAAAAUAUCUUUAUCCACAGUAAAACGAGUCCUAUAUCGACAUAACCUGAAAGGCCCUCAGCAAGGAAGAAGCCACUGCUCCAAAACCACCAUAGGAAAGCCAGACAACGGUUUCCAACUGCACAUGUGGACAAAGAUCGUACUUUUGGAGAAAUGUCCUCUGGUCUGAUGAAACAAAAAUUGUUCUAAAAUUCACCAAAUUUAUUGUGGGAAGCUUAUGGAAGGCUACCCGAAACGUUUGACCCAAGUUAAACAAUUGAAAGGCAAUGCUACCAAAUACUAAUUGAGUGUAUUUAAACUUAUGACCCACUAGGAAUGUGAUGAAAGAAAUAAAAGCUGAAAUAAAUCAUUCUCUGUCCUAUUAUUCUGACAUUUCACAUUCUUAAAAGAAAGUGGUGAUCCUAACUGACCUAAAACAGGGAUUCUUUACUUGGAUUAAAUGUCAGGAAUUGUGAAAAACUCUGUUUAAAUGUAUUUGGCUAAGGUGUAUGUAAACUCCCGACAUCAACUGUACAUACCCCUGUGCCCAUCUCAUUGCAAUAUGGUCCAUCCAGGGCCUCAGCUGGACACCUACAAUUUGAGAAAUGUAAACAAGAUGCUAUAAUUGUGUGUGUGUGUGGGGGGGGGGGUUGAGUUCCAAAAAAAGACAUGAGUGUGAUGUGCCCCUCUUGUUUUAAUGUUGGAAUGCCAUGAAUGGAAGAUGACAAAGGAGAUAGUGAUGAGGGUGAGAGCAUCCAGUAUGAAAAUAAAGACUCCUUCGGAUCUAAAAUGA